UAAGCGCGUGAAAGAGAGUGAGUUUCAUUGGCGAAUAGGCGAAGGAAAUGAAGCUUUUCUCGUCUACUACUCCUUCCUUUCUUCUCUCAACUCUCUCUCUCUCUCUCUCUCUCUCUCUCUCAAAUCCCCGUCUAUUUCUCUCUCUCUCUGUUCGCAAGAUUUUAGGUACGUUUCCGAUUCCCAAUUUUCUCUCUACCUGUUCGAUUUUCUUCCCUUCUCUUGAAGAAUUCAAGGUGUCAAUAGCAAAGAAGGAGAACUAAUUUCUUUGGAUGGGUAAUAAACUUGGGAGGAGGAGGCAAGUGGUAGACGAAAAAUUCACAAGGCCACAAGGGCUGUAUAAUCAUAAAGAUGUUGAUCAUAAAAAGCUGAGGAAGCUUAUACUCGAAUCGAAGCUUGCUCCUUGCUAUCCUGGAGAUGAAGAAACUGCGUUGGAUCGGGAAGAAUGCCCAAUUUGCUUUCUGUAUUAUCCAAGUCUAAACAGAUCAAGAUGUUGCACAAAAAGUAUUUGUACAGCAGAGUGUUUUUUGCAGAUGAAAGUUCCGAAUUCAACUCGGCCUACCCAAUGUCCCUUUUGCAAAACAGCAAAUUAUGCUGUGGAGUAUCGUGGCGUUAAAUCAAAGGAAGAAAAGGGGUUGGAGCAGAUUGAAGAGCAACGCGUAAUAGAAGCCAAAAUUAGGAUGCGACAGCAAGAACUUCAGGAUGAAGAGGAAAGAUUGCAUAAAAGACUAGAAACAGGAUCUGCCAAUGUGAAUGUGGCAGUUGCAGAUGUUGAAUACAGCACAAAUGCAGCAGCUGCAUCUUCAGUUUCUGUUGUUGAACAUGAGGAAAUUGUUUCAUCUCAAGACUCCUGUGCCACCUCUAUGUUUAGACCACCGCCUCCAACUGUGAGGACCAAUAGAGAUGAUGAAUUUGAUGUUGAUCUUGAAGACAUAAUGGUCAUGGAAGCAAUCUGGCUUUCUAUUCAGGAGAAAGGCAAGCAGAGAAAUCUAUCUUUCCCCGAUGUUACUUCUGGACAAUACGUAGCUGAUCCUCACUAUGCUUUACCUGUCAUGGAUCUACAGACUGGAUCAUCCUCAUCCCCGUCUGGUGGUCUUGCUUGUGCCAUUGCAGCUCUUGCUGAGCGUCAACAAGUAACUGGAGAUUCAUCUACAAUCUCCACCAGUGAAAACACAUCAUUUAACACACAAGGUUCCAGAAGGUAUUAUAACAGGAUUGGUAGAGAUAUGGUUAGUUAUACACCUACAGACAACCUCAAUGAGGUGCCGACAAAUGAUACUGUCAUGACUAGGGGUCAUGGUGAAUGGGACAUAGUUCAUGGACAGGAGGUGGCUCAAACGUCAACUAGCUAUGCCAGCUCUGCUGCAGCUGAAGAUGGUGAUGAGAUAUCGUUGCCACAAUCUGGGGACAUUGAUGGAGGCCUUCAAAGUACUACAAACCCCAUCGUUCCCGAGAGUUUUGAGGAGCAGAUGAUGCUAGCUAUGGCUGUCUCUUUAGCUGAAGCUCAAGCAAUGUCAAGUGGACAUGGUGCUUCAUGGCAGUAGUUUUUGGUUGAGGUACUGUUCAAUCUUUGUUGAAAGUCAUGAUGCUUGUUGUGGCUAUUUGGCUGGCUGAGUCUUGCGUUGGGAGUUUAAGCAGAUCACACACGUGUGCAAUGUGUUCGAUCAGGUAGUGAUUCUCUCUUCUCAUGCGAAUCUAUGUAUAUAGAUGUCAAAGGAAAACUAUUAAUUCCAGUUGAUCAAAGCUUGUUGCUUUAUGCCAUUUUUUAGAAAAAAAAAAUGUGUUUGAUGCCCUGUGCCUCCCUCCUUAUUGGUUUUCUGUAUAUAGUUUUAUAAAGUUUCAAUAGUUUUUUUGAAAGAUGUCUUUUCAUUCUUAUAGUAACAUGCCACAUUUUAGACAUACAAUGAGCAAGAAAAGAAAAUCAAAUUUCUACGGCA